CCCGAGUCGAAGAUUAUAUCUCAGAAGCGACACGCCACAUGCGAAUUAGACAAACCAUGGAGAACAAGUCAGGCGCCACGGCAGGACGAAGGGCGAGUCCGCCGACUGAGCCAUCGGUAUUACCAUGCUAUUACCUGAAGCUCACUCCCGGGCUCUGGGACGAGGUCUACGAGCUUGUCUUCACCGGCAACACCACCGCCGUCAGCUUCUGCACGCUUUUCAAGCCGAGUCCACGCGCGAAACUUGAUCGGGCACCCGAAUUGGUGCUCGCCGACCACCAGCUGCAUUCAAGAACCCACUUCAUCUACUACGAGUUGACUAGAUUCAACAUCCUCGACAAUCUUACUACCUGUGGAUGCUACUGGGAGAUGUUUACCUCCCAAGAUUCAGGGGCAAUGCGCUACGUUACUGCGGAUUCGACAGUUUCGCCGCGUAACUGCGUCCCAUGGGCAAUGAGGGAAGCUUCGAAGCAGGGAUUGACCAAGACGGCCAAUGGAAAUCGGCCGUAAUUCAGCGCACGCGGUGCGUGACACGCUAGGCGACAAGAUCGCGACUGUUAAGCGACGUUCGAGCGUC